AAAACUUUUCUUAAACUUUGUGAAAGUUAGGGAUAUUAAAAAAAAAAAAACCUUCAACGUUUAUAAAUUUCCUUAAUUUGUUACUCACACAUUUUAGGGUUUACAAAAAUCCCAAAUCUUUGUGGUGCGAGAGCAUGCAUGAGUGAAAUGAAGGAGGAUAAACAAGCUAACCGGGGUGAAAAUCCAGCUCGGUUUCAACGUACAGAUCAGUGGCGUCCUGUUUAUUCUUGGUUGGAAGCAUUGGAUUUGGAUGAGGUUAUUAAGUCCAAAGACAUUUCUGACUGGUUGGCUGCAAAUCCUGAGGUCAAUGAAGAGUUGGGCUCAAGACAUUCUCGUUAUCAUUUGAUGCACUACAUCAAAAAAUGUCAUAUGAAGAUACUGAAGAAACGGAAUGGUGGGCAGCAGAAGCCUAGUGAAUCAGCUCCCUUGAGUGUUGAGCAUCCCAAUGUGCCAAAACUGCCAGCCACAAUUACUUCUAAUCCAUUGACAAACGUGCCUGAAGACAGUGACCUUUAUCAUGUGAAACGACUGGAAGCUUUGCGCAAAUAUGAGAUUCUGGUAGAAUUUGAGAAGCAACUUUCUUCUAUCAUUGCAAAGCAGAACACUGCUCAGGAGUCUUGAUCAAGCUCUCAUUUUGAGCACAAAUUUAAUGGAUAAUGUGGAGCGAAUCCUUUGAAGUUUGUGCCCAUCAGUGUGCUAUGUAUGCAUUCAACAAACGGGACCUUCCUUUUCUCAUGAUAUUUCUGUAAAAACUAGUUUGUGAUUCGGGUGAUGCGAGAUGCAGUAGUAUACAUGUAAAUAUUACUCUGUGCAAUUGCUUAACUGGUAUUUAAUCUAGAAAAUUACUCAUACCAUUUAUGGAAUCAACAACCAUUAGUAUGUGA